AUGCAUCUACUCCAAUUGCUUUUCCUACCCACAGUGCUCGUCGCCGCGACUCAGCUCGACACAUCUUACCCAGUCAUCGUUCAAGUCAAUCAGACGACAGUUCGCGGACAGUACAAUGCCAGUCUAGGCGUGGAGACCUUCCUCGGCGUCCCUUAUGCGACAUCUGAACGCUUCAGGCGCUCAACCCCAGUGGACUACACGAAUAAUGAUACGGUCGAUGCGAGCAGAUUCGGAGUUGCCUGCCCUCAGCUUCCUAGCUCAGGUCCUCUGGGCGUUGAUUUUGGAGUCUACGGCAUAGCAGAGGACUGCACGACGCUGAACAUCUUCCGACCACAAGGAACCGCUGCGAAUGCAUCGCUUCCCGUCAUGGUGUGGGUACACGGAGGGCAGCUGACUGUAGGUGCUGCUUCGCACUAUCCUGGUCACGAGAUGGUCAAGUUCUCUGCGUCUAUCGGUAUGCCCCUCAUACAGAUCGGCAUCAAUUACAGGCUUGCUGUGUGGGGCUUUCUCGGAGGAAUAACAGCCUCCGAGAAGGGCGCGCAAAACCUGGGGCUGUACGACCAGCGCGAGGCCCUUCGAUGGGUUCAGAGCUGGAUAGAUCGCUUCGGUGGUGAUCCGACCAAGGUCACCGUCUUCGGGCAGUCCUCUGGCGCGAUCUCCCUCUCUUACCAUGCGCUCAAUGUAUCUACGGACCUCUUUCGUGGGGCGAUCUUCGAGUCCGGCUCGACGACCUCUGUCUCCGUCGUCGACGCACCCUACUACGACACCGUCUACGAUGGGACGGUCAGGCUUUCCGGCUGUAGCUCAGCAUCCGACGCUUUCGAGUGCAUGCGCACGGCGGAUUACGAGGUUCUAUACAACGCCUCCGUGGCGCUCGCGGCAGACAAAGAGACUUACGGGACCCGGGUAUGGGGUGUCACCAUAGACGGCGAAAUCAUUCCAGACGCGCCUUCGAAGUUGACGGAUGAGGGCAAGAUCGCACCCAUCCCCUUCAUCCAAGGCGACGUCCGCGACGAGGGCACUACCUUUGUCUAUCCCAACACCAUCGAUAACACCACCGCGCUAUGGGAUUUCCUGCAGCAGAACUAUCACAACUUCAACGUCUCCCUCUUUACGAACGACACCUCCAAGGCGCAGUUGGAGACGCUGUACCCCGACAACCCGGCACUAGGGUCGCCGUAUGACACAGGAAACGAGACGUUCUUCGGGGCCCAAUUCAAGCGUGCGGCGUCGUUGUACGGAGACAUACAUUUCCAAGCGCCGCGCAGAAGAUAUAUAGAGGCCGCGCACGAGCAAGGAAUUCCGGCUUGGUCAUAUCUUUGGUCCCAGCAGCCUCCGGGCGCAGAGGAGUGGGAGGGCGUAUUUCAUACCUCAGAGAUCCAGUAUGUCUUCCUCAACGACGGACCUGUGAAACAAAGAGACUUCGCAUUACAGGUGCAGACGGCGGCCUAUUGGAUCUCCUUCGCCUACAAUCUGGAUCCCACCCACCCUGGGUACGCUCCUUGGCCGCAGUAUGGCUUCGAGAAGAAUACGAUGAACUUCACCGCCGCUGGCUCUUCGGUUGUGAAGGACAACUACCGUGAAGAACAGAUAGGCUAUCUAUUGUCCAUCGCUAACCAGCUCGUACCUGGCCGAAUUGAUCCUCAACAAAAUUGA